AUGUUUAUGCCUCGACCUGGACGAGAGCGGAUCCUACCUUUACCUUCCCUCACAAUAUGCUCUAACGCAGCUCGAAGAACCAUCCAUAUCUUGGACACAUUUCACAGGCAAAGAGAUACGGACUUUAUGCCUUUAGAUACGACUUCGAAUUUGCAGACUGCGCUGGUCCUCCUCGUUGGAAUAUUACGGUCGGAAGAAGGAUGUAUUUCUUCCUUGGAAUUGAGCAAGGAAAUGCAGGACGUAUAUCGAUGCAUCAAGCUACUCCAAAUAUACGAGAAGAAAUACCAAACGGCAGGCCGCAUUCUGGAUGUACUGAAUGUACUCGUAACUGUUUGUCUACCCAACUCUCCCUAUCGGAAACGCGCGAGAAGCCCAGGAGACUACGGGGAGCGAAGAAUUCCGGCUUUGCAUGCUCAAAUGGUGAGAGAAGACUUUAACUACACCCAUGAUGAUCCCCGAUCAACCCACAAACCGUACACGACGUCGGAGGUUUCUACCGUCCUGCCUGAGCCUUACAACGGUCAGAUUUUCAUCCGUUGUUCGUUCAAGAUGGAACUGGGAUGUCCAAUACCAUCUCUCUACAAGCCGGCAUAUCCGGGGACUAUCCUAGACCGCCAGUUGCCGAAGACGAUCAACUCCUUAUCGACAGUACUAGUGUAA